AUGACAACCAUGGAAGUGAAUACUUCGACAUCAACCAUCCUGCUGGCAGCAAGCAGUGCGCUUGUCCUUUAUGCCAUUGCCUCGGUAGUCAUUGCGAGCUUCUCAUCUGAGGCUCGCUUUUGGCGUAAGCAGGAAUGGGUCGGUAUGGGCCAGCAGAAGCGAUGGCUCGCAGGAUUCUGGGCACGAGUACAUUCACUCAAAGGAACUCGGGCAAUGGUACAUGACGGCUACUCAAGACUGUCGAAAGAGGGCAAACCCUUUAGCCUGCCUCAAUUCAACGACACGCCUUUGUUACUCCUUCCACCCAACAAGAUCAAGGAUUUGAUCGCCAAACCGGACGAUGAGAUAAACCUUCUGAUGGUAUUGAGAGAGACGCUAGCCACGAAGUAUACGGGAGACAACGACUUGGCAGAAGACCCGUUCCACCUGGACGUGGUUCGACACCAACUCACACGAAAGCUACCCCUCGUGACGAAAGCCGUACACGAUGAGCUCGUGCUGGGUUUCGAGGAUCAAUGGAAGUUGAACGGCGAUGCUUGGACGACGGUUCCUGCCAUGAAGACUUGUAUGAACAUCAUCAGCAGGGCAGCCAAUCGAGUCUUCAGCGGCGAACAGCUGUGCCGCGAUCAAGCAUUUCUCGACCAUACUCGUGAGUAUGGCAACGGUGUAUUCCGGAAUGCAGCCAUCAUCAACAUGCUUCCCAGAUGGUUGCGGCCUUUUCUGGCUCCCCUGGUCACGUACAGCAAUGGCUCGCAUGUGCGGGAUUGUCAACGCAUUGCCAAUCCCAUCAUCGAAGAGCGCAUCGAGCGACUGCGCACUGGUGUGAAAGGAGAACAGAACACGGACGCUUUGCAAUGGGUAAUCGAGGAAGCCUACAAACGCAACGACCCAGCCGAGCUAGACGCUGGUAAGAUCUGUCGGCGGCUGGUCCGCCUGAACAUGGUUGCCAUUCACACCACCAGCAUCACAAUCACAAACACACUGCUGGACCUCUACAGCUCGCCGAGAACGGAGGAAUUCGUUGAGGGCCUGCGGGAAGAGGUCAGUAGAGUCUUAGCUGCGAAUGGUGGGAAAUGGACGAAGGCGAUCGUCAAUGACCUAGUUCGGAUCGACUCAACAAUCAAGGAGAGCAUCCGGUGUUCCAGCCUAGGAAUCGUUGGACUGACCAGGAUGGUGACGAGUCCUGACGGCAUUGACCUUGGCGAUGGCAUCCAUGUGCCUAGCGGAGUGAGAGUGGCUGCUCCUAUUGCCGGCAUUCAUCGCGAUCCCCGAAACUAUGCGAAUCCUGACGAGUAUGACGCCUUCCGCUUUUCACCAUCUCGCGAGGUCCUGGGCGAGAAUGGUCAGAUUCUGGAUAAGCGAGCACAAGGCAUAGUGACCACUAGCGAUGCCUUCCUCACUUUUGGACAUGGGAAGCACGCAUGUCCUGGGCGCUUUUUCGCUUCGCAAGAGAUGAAGUUAAUGCUCGCUCACAUUGUCAUGAAUUACGACGUCAAGAUCGCAGGAUGCAGGCCCAAGAACUGGGAUGUGAAGGGCGCCUGCGUGCCAAGCCCCAGGGCAAAAAUCAUGAUCAGACCAAGACAGUAG